CUCAAAGGACAGUAGCGUUUGUAUAGUAGUGUUUGCGUUCCCAGUGUUUAAAGUGUAACGUUACUUCAUUCACAGCAGUUUCGCGUAUUGUGUAGAUAUGCUUUCUUCGAUUCAUUUUAUACCUAGACCAGUUCGGUUCUGGCUUUCUGCUGUUCCUAGUUUGGGAGUCUUAAAAUCAGUCGCUCAGUCUGAUUGACAGCAGCGGGUCGCGCGCGAUAAAUCUAAUGUAAACAAACUGGUCAGCGGUCGCAGUUUAGUUAUUUUUGCAUUUACAAAUCCACCUGGAAUCGGUGACACUUGCUGUCACAGGUCUGUUAACUGUCUCGGGGUCAGUGGGAGAUGAUCCGGGCCCUGGACUAAGUUACAACCGUUUAUUUGAGUAUCGCAGUGUGUCUCAAUCGUCUCCAGGCCUCGUAUCGGUGGAUGAGGAAGUGAACGGACCGAGCUCACCCAGGAGAAAGGAUCCCAUUUUAUGGGAUAAUCCUCUUUCCUUCCCUCCUGGGUGAAUCGGUGAUCUGUCAAAAUGGAUGAGCAGGAUGCCCUGAAUUCCAUCAUGCAAGACCUGGUGGUGCUGCAUCGAUCCAAGCGACCAUCCGGUCUGUCUGACCUUUGCAAACCGAAGGCCUCUUCUCCUAAGAACCAGAAUGACGUAAGGGUGAAGUUUGAGUACAGAGGAGAAAAGAGGAUCCUACAGUUCCCUCGUCCUCUAAGUCUGGAAGAUCUGAGCGCUAAAGCUAAAGUAGCAUUUGGGCAGAUUAUGGACCUGCAUUACACCAAUAAUGAGCUCGUGAUUCCAUUGAGUACUCAGGAUGAUCUGGAUAAAGCUGUGGAGCUGCUGGAUCGCUCUGUGCACAUGAAAAGCUUGAAAAUCCUGCUGGUGGUCUCUUCCUGCACUCAGAUCUCCAGUAAGGAUCUGCUGCCUGCUCAUGAGAACUUGGACAACACCGAUUUUAGGGCUGCAGAUAAAAAGAGUAUGCUGACACUCAUAGGUUCUCAAUCCACCGAUCGCAGUUCUCCUCCUCCAGGCUACAUUCCUGAUGCUCUGCAGCAGGUGGCCAGAAACGGCUCCUUCACCAGCAUUAACAGUGAAGGUGAAUUCAUUCCAGAGAGCAUGGACCAGAUGCUCGAUCCUCUGUCUAUGAGCAGUCCUGAGAAUUCAGCAUCAGGCAGCUGUCCUUCCCUAGACAGUCCACUCGAUAGCGACUAUCCUAAAUCCCGUAUGCCUCGAGCCCUGAGCUACCCGGAUAACCAUCAGGAAUUCUCUGAGUAUGAUAUUCCAGUGUUUGAGAAAACAGGAAAGGGUGGUACUUAUCCGAGACGAUAUCACAUCUCAUUUGGUCUGCAGGACUACAGCGAUGGGCGUAAGACGUUUCCCAGGGCACGGCGGACACAGGCUCACGGUUUCCGCUCUCCGGUAAACUUCAGUCCCACAGAACAGCAGAGCCCCAGCACCAGCAGUGGAAGCAGCAUCUUCACGCCCGAGCUGGAGGAACCAGGACGAAGACGGCGUGGAAGCGACAUAGAGCCCAGCUCGACCCCUACUCUCUCAGUGAUGGACAUCAGCCCUCCCAGCCGCUCUCCUCGAGCUCCAACAAAUUGGCGUCUAGGGAAACUCCUGGGUCAGGGAGCAUUCGGACGAGUCUUUCUCUGCUAUGAUGCUGACACUGGCCGAGAACUCGCGGUUAAACAGGUGCAGUUUGACCCGGACAGUCCAGAGACCAGCAAGGAGGUGAGUGCACUAGAAUGUGAGAUUCAGCUAUUAAAAAACCUUUUCCAUGAGCGUAUCGUCCAGUACUACGGCUGCUUGCGGGACACGCACGAAAGAACGCUUUCCAUUUUUAUGGAGUACAUGCCUGGGGGUUCCAUUAAAGACCAGCUAAAGUCAUAUGGCGCCCUGACGGAAAAUGUCACGCGUAAGUACACAAGACAGAUACUGGAAGGUGUUUGCUACCUGCACAGCAACAUGAUCGUCCACAGAGACAUUAAAGGUGCCAAUAUCCUUCGAGACUCUGUGGGUAACGUGAAGCUGGGUGACUUUGGAGCCAGUCGACGGCUUCAGACCAUCUGCCUGUCAGGAACGGGUAUAAAGUCGGUGAUGGGUACUCCCUAUUGGAUGAGCCCUGAGGUCAUUAGUGGAGAGGGCUAUGGCAGGAAAGCCGAUAUCUGGAGCAUCGGCUGCACCGUGGUGGAAAUGCUGACUCAGCGGCCGCCCUGGGCGGAGUACGAAGCGAUGGCAGCCAUUUUUAAAAUCGCCACACAGCCCACCAACCCCACUUUGCCACCUCACGUGUCGGACCACAGCCGCGAUUUCCUCAAACAGAUUUUUGUGGAGUCAAAACACCGCCCCGCUGCUGAGGACCUUUUACGGCACACUUUUGUCCACUAGCAACACCCCUUCCUUCGCUGACCAAUCAGUGAUUUCCGUAAGUGUCUGUAGGAUCUUCACAUCUCAAGGCAUACGAGCCCCCCAGGACCAGUGAAUGGGGGUGACGGAUAACAGCCUAAACUUGCUGCACAGUGGCAGGAGGGCAAUUUGGAGCAGCUUGUUUCUGUACGAAAACAUUGCACCUUAAUUUCACUCAGGGGUAAGUACCCCUAAAGAGUAAUGGAUAUCGGUACCCGUAAAGACUAAAGGAUGAAUUGUUUGUAAGGUUUUUUAUUUGUUUUAAAUGUUUUAAUGUUUCCCAUGAUUGUGGAGGGAGAGCCUCGGACCUGGCGAGGCCAGUUGGAUGCACUUGGUUAAUGCAGAAUGUCGACCUCAAAACAAAGACGGUACGGCAACACGCUGCUAAAGGGUAAAACAGAGAAAAGAUUUAAAGUAUAACGGGAUGCGUGGGACUCUCCAGUCCAGCUGUCGUGGCUCCUACAAGUUCUCAUUUUCUUGCACAGUCCUCGUAGUAUAUCCCCACACUCGUACACCGACUAUGAUCAAAGAUCUUACUGUACAAUAUUGACUCACUUUGCUGUACAAACCUUACAUUUGCUGGACAUUAACCCUUAUGGUCGCCACCACAUACCAUCUCUUUCUCUCAUACUUCUCUUCAUUUCAGUCUUUACUGUGUGCCUUUUAAAAAAAACAUCCCCGUCCUCCUUCCUCGUUUUUGUAUGUCAUUUUUCUAGGUUUAUUACACAGAUUUGUGACUUUGGCCUACACAGGAUUUCUUUGGAAAAGCUCGGCUCUUCGUACUGUUUCUAGAUCAGCAUAAGCAGCUCCACUCUUGCCUUUCCCCCUUCGCUCCCUCUGCUGGCAAACUGACCUCAGGUCAGAUUCACCCGUGCAUUUUUUCAAACGCAGUGCCGUACGCUUCAAUCUGAUCAAGUAGGCAGGUUGAAUAAACACACCCACCAAAGCGAAAAACCCGGACCACGCAGGCAGGGUUUAGUGCCUGGACAGUACGUAAUCGUUAUUUUACAGUAAAAUUCCAUUAGAAUGUUUAUCACGAAAGUUGCAAUGACACUGUAAGUGCACUUCUAAGUAAAGACUACACAACCUGGAUCAUUUCUGCUCACACCAAAAGAUUCCUACUGAUUUUGGUUUUCGAUUCAAAGGUUCUCACUCCAAUGUAUUUCCAUAAUUCCGAGUUUCGGAAAUCGUCACGUUCUUAGCACUUAAAAGUACUUAACGGUUUACCUACAAACUAGCCUCACUAUCCCGCAAUACCUUGGGACAAGCAUGUCCAUUCGUAAACACUCAAUGUCUAGCACUUACUCACGUGCACACUCCUGGAUAUCUGAUAUGUUGCGUUCUCGCUCUCCACACUCCACGUAGUGCUAUAGUGCCUGCCUUUCUACGUAGAAGAAUACUUACUUUUCUUAGGCUACCUUUGAUUCUCCUGUAAACCAGUGGGUGUGAGCUUUCUUUGUGGGGCUGGGACGAUUCAUACUAAUAAUACCUGUCUGAAAUCGUCUAAAAUCGCUGAGUUUGAGUCGUUUGCAUAUCAUGCAUUUAAAAAGUCAAACAUAAUUGUAAUAAAUAUUUUUAUUAUCGUGAAAAUAUUUGAAAAGGCUUAAAGAACAGUGAUAUAAAUAUUAGGGCUGUAUAGAUUAAUUCGCGUGUCCCAUUAAUGAAAUGAAUUAUGAAUCGCAAGGCUCUGAUUCUGUGUUUUAUGCACAGCUUGUGCGUGUACUACGGCAUGUGGUCAACAGUAUGGCUGGGCAAAGUAAUCGAUUUUUCGAUUAAUCUUGGUUUUUUUAAGGGGGUCGAUUCCAAAUGGCAAAAUCUAUUUUUUUUUCGCAAACAUUGAACGUAAGAUUAACGUUAAUCUAAUUACUAGCCUUCUUCACUAGAUGUCACCCUCUUUUUUGCCUUGGGCAAUGUUACUUGUUACCUACAAUGGCAGGUGCUUCUUUGACGCUGAUGCCACAUUGACAUAAAAAGUCAGAGGUAUGAAAGCAUUUUAGAUUUUGCAAGCAAAAUGACGACGAUAGUGUUAAUUUCUUUUUAUUAAUUACCCACUUGUAAACUGCUGUUCACUGUUCUUUUGAGAAUCGAAAUCGAAUUGACUUGAUAGAUUGUGAAUCGAAAUUGAAUCGAUCUAGAACAUCUGAAUCGAUUAAUCGUUACAGCCCUAAUAAAUAUGCUUACAGGCAUUUCCUAAAGCAAAUGCGCGUUGUAUUUCUUUUGCAGCACAUAUCGAGUUUAUGCAUGAGAGCGCCCUCUGGCUUUUGAAUGUAGCGGUCUUUCACCGUAAUUCAUUGGGCAGAAUCGCACAAUUAAUCGUCCCAGCCCUAUUUCUUUGCAUCUUUUUUCCUGAAGUGCCAUUUUAUUUGUAAAAUAAUUAAUUUAACCCCUUCAAUGAAGAAGAGAGUGUAUUUCUGAUAGUUUAAGUCUGCAUAAGCAUAUGUUAAAGUCACAAUGAAACUGAAGUAGCGAUUGUCUUAUUUUCCCCAUCAUGAUGAAUAUUGAGUGAAAUGGCUUUUGAAAUGAGAUAAAGGUAGGGAGUGACUUGAAUUCAUCCAUCAAGAAUUGAUUAAGGGCUCUUUAAUAGUUGUGCGUAGGUUCUACAGCGUAGCCGUGACGGCAUAGGUUACGCGUCACUUUUCAUUUAUACUUCUGCAUCUGCGUCGAGGUGCAAACAAAUGCAGACCGCUGGUAGGCAGUAUCCACGCAUGUGACCACAGUAGAAGCGCGUCCGUCAAUGAAGAAGCAGCUUGGGAAGUUAUCCCCCAAACAAAGGAGAAACAGCAACUUGUUGUGUAUGAUUUGAGAUGACCAGCAGUGAUGGAAGUAAAUAAACGGCAAUUAAUGUUGCAGUUUGAGUUAAAUCACUCCUCAACUUGGCCCAUUUUUGUUGUCACCAUCGCAAAUAGAAAUACAUAUUGUGGUCCGAGUAGAACUAACGCGCUGUUAAAAAUUUGGAGAGGUGCACGUCAGGCUACGCAGAGGCAACGGAUAACCUACAGCGUAGACCUAAAGCACGACUAUAAAUGGGACUUUAGAUCGUUGAAAGUUGGGUCAUGUUGCUAUUUGCUAUUCACCAUGAUAUUUUCCCAGGCCCGACCUUGCGCCAUUCCUCGUGACCGGAAGCAAAGAGGAGGAAAAUCGUUUCGAGGAAGGGGGGAGAUUAGCGUUGUUAAUUAAAGAUAAUGAGCGCACGAGAGUUUAUAAAAAUAAAGAUGCUCACAGAUACGUAAUUUAAAAAAAAACAACAACACAAUAUUCUAAUAAAACGAAUGUUUUCAGUUUCAUUGUGACUUUAUGUAGAGUAACAUAUGAAAAAUUAUGAUGAAAUUACAUCCCAUAAAUGCUUUGCCUUUUAAGAGGCUGUAUUAAAAUGACUUCAUGUUUAUGGGCCGUUCGAGUAAACAUGUUAAAGUUGUUAUAUAAUCAGUGUAAACAUGCGCUUGCGUAGUGGUUCCCAAACUUUUGGGGCCUCAUCUGCAUACAUAAAGUAUAUGACAAUCUGAGCCCCCAAUUGUCUACAUCCAUCUUUCUUUUUGAUUUUGCUGUUGACAAAGAUGUUGAGAUGGAGCGAGCAAAUUUUUAAAAAUAAUUAUUUAGCCUAAAAUAAUAUUUUACCUUCCUUAACUUGGCAUUGCAAAAAAAAAUAUUUGUAUACAAAAUUAUUAGUGAAACAUUUUAUGCAUCUUUAUUUGACCUCGAAGCAUAUCAGAUUCCUGGUUGGGAACUACUGCGCUAGCGGAUCAAUGUCCGUUUUACAAAAAUACGCUAAACAUCUCCAAACAGCGGUUUGAAGCAGAUGCACCUUAAAACACAGCUUCUGUUUCAAUUUCACCACACUCCCAUGGUGUAAAUCACCCCAGGUACUAACUUUUCCGAUGGUAUAAUUACACUCCAAAAAAACGUUUACAGACUUGUUCACCAAUAGUGACAAAGAAAGUCAACCUCCAUGUAUAGCAUUAUUUUUAAAUGAUUUCACACACCCAGAAUCAUUUGUGACACCCACUAGACCGACCGUAUUAUCAAUUCUGUAUCCGAGACCCCUCGAGUCGUGACCAUGGCCCACAGUACAGAUACAUGGCUACGUGAGCCAGCCUCCUUUGCAAGUGCUUUCUAACUUUGAGUCUUUAUUUUGCAUGUUAAACUGACCUGCUGUCGCCAACCCCCGGGUAGCUGAAGGAGUUUUUCCACACCCAGUAUAAUUGAGCAAAACGUCCGGUCUGUAGAGAUUUUAAGUGCCAGUUCAUAGAACUAAACCCACGUUUAUCUUUUGUUUGAUUCGAGGAGCAAAAGCAUUACCCGUUGAGAUGGUGUACAGACACGCUACGAGAGUAGGCGGUGUGUGAUUGUUUGUAAUGAUGUAUGUACUGUUUGAAAUUUCUGUUGAUGCUGAAAUGUUUGCACAUUUUGAGACCAUAAUUUUUACACUGAUUUGAAUACGUUUACCAGUGUUUUGUCAGUCAUUCUGUGUGUGUUGUUAGCGUGCGUGAUGUUGAUGAAUGCUUUUGUUGUUAAAGAAGACCUGAAAUGAAACUCUUGCCCUGGUUACCAGCUUUGUUGGUUAUGUUGGUCACAUGGUGAUGUGAAGUCUCCCCUCUUUUGGCACUUCUGGUCCUUAAAGGGAUAGAUCACCCAAAAAUGAAAAUUUUGUCAUCAUUUAUGCACCCUCAAGUUGUUACAAACCUGCAUAAAUGUCUAAGAAUGUUAAUCGAAUAGAUGGGGGGGGGCACUAUUCACUUCCAUAGUAUUUGUUUUCCUAAUGGUGCCCCAGAUCUGCUUUGUUACAAAAACUUCUUAAAAAUAUUUUCAGCAGAACAGACACACUUAUACAGGUUUAUAACAACUUUAGGGUGAGUAAAUGAUGACAGAAUUUUUAUUUUUGGGUAAACUAUCCCUUUAAAAAAAAACGUGAACUUGGCAAGCCACUUUUUUUUAUAAAUUCUGAUUGAAAAUGAAAGCCAUACAUCUUAAUAAUGACUGGUGCCCAUGAAACCGACUUGCACCAACAAUACUUGUACCACGGCUGGAGGAUGUUGCGAUGCAAAAUGGGAAACUUCCUACAGAAAUGUAUGUAAUGUCAGAAUUGAUAGUUUUCACCACUAGGUGGCAUCAUUUAACUUUUUGCCUGUAUAAUUAUAAUUGUAAUUAUAGCAAUUUUGUCUCGAAAUAAUUUCUUGAUUAAUAGUAGAGCUCUGUAGCGGCAAAAUUUACAGUGUUUAUUAAAUGAACGUCGGUGAGGAUUUUUCCAGGUAUUUCUCCAUCAGAAAAACCCAACACACCACUGCUGCCACUCCAGGGUCAUGAAUGCACUUUGUAUUUGUUUGUGUGGAUGGAUAUAUUGUGUGAAUGUGUGUGUCUGUGUUUCAAACAGAGACUUCUUUUACGUGUGACGGUUGAUUGAGAAAAUCGCCAGCACACUCGGUCCAGAAUGCCUUGCGCCUUGUACAACUGGUGAUAGAAAUGUUUAAAAAAAAAAGACGUUUGGGAAUCUGAAAUGUACUUUUUUAGACAGUUCACUUAUCUGGUACAGAACUAAAAACUGUUGUUUGUCCUCUUUGUCUAUUGAAUGAGAAAAGCCAUGUUUAUAAUUCAAUUUGGUUUGUGACCAAUAAGCCUGUUUAUAUCAAAUCUGUAUAUCAGUGGUACGCAUAUUUUUUUUAUAUAUAUAUUUUUAUUUUAUUUUUUUUUAAAUCGAAAUCCUACGCAUGAUUGGCAUCGGAAAGGCCCAUUGCAGGAUGACAUCAUUAAAUUGUCUAUGACGACUGGCACUUUGUAAAGUGUUGCUAACGAUAAUGAAAAUAAAUAAUAAAAGAUAUUUAUUUCACAUUUCAUGA